AUGCAUGUCAAAUCCUCUGCAAAACACAAGAAUAAACCCAUGAGGGGGUCACCAGGUUCAGCCUUGCGUGCCGAAGGUGAACCAAGGAAGAAACGGCGAUUCAGUACACCUGGGAAACAGCUAUCGAACGGUUCUCCUUCAUCGCCCAUUCAGAUGCAGCGAGCAAAUCUCCCCAUCGCUACAGGCAAGAAUGCUCUUAUCGAAGAAAUUCGGCGAAAUGAUGUCAGCAUCUUGAUUGGUGAGACAGGUUCAGGGAAGACGACCCAGGUGCCCCAAUAUCUCCUCGAGUCGGGUCUCGCAGGUCACGGCAUGAUUGCCGUCACCCAACCGCGAAAAGUGGCCGCUACUUCUCUGGCCGCCCGUGUAGCAACAGAACAGAACGUCUCGGUCGGCACUCUGGUCGGAUACUCAGUUCGUUUCGACGAAGCCUCGUCGGACGAAACCAGGAUAAAAUACGUUACGGACGGCAUGUUGGUUCGCGAGCUGCUGGGCGACCCUCUUCUAUCACGAUACAGCGUAGUCAUCGUAGAUGAAGCGCACGAACGGACGUUACGCACAGAUCUACUUAUCACGAAUCUCAAGGACAUCCAAAGGAAACGCAACGCCCCGUCGGAUGUUAAGGGAAAAGGCUCAGCGGCGAAGCUCAACCCUCUGAAGAUCGUCAUCAUGAGUGCUACAUUGGACGCUGAUAAGUUCAGCAAGUUCUUCGACGAUGCGAAAAUUGUGUACGUCAAGGGUCGCCAACACCCUGUCACGAUAUAUCACACGGCAGUCAGCCAGCCAGACUACGUGGAUGCCGCGAUGCGCACUUUCUUCCAGAUACACACGGAUCAGCCUCCUGGCGAUGUUCUCAUUUUCCUGCCAGGGCAGGAGGACAUCGAGGGCUUAGAACGGUCCAUACAGCUAUAUGCCGAUAGGUUACCUAAGGAUGUCCAAUCCAUUCUAGUUUGCCCCAUGUAUGCCGCCCUGCCACCUGGCCAACAAGCGAAGAUAUUCACACCUGCUCCGGCCGGCUUCCGCAAGUGCAUAUUAGCUACCAACAUCGCGGAGACGUCCAUCACUAUACCUGGUACUAAGUAUGUGAUUGACACCGGCAAAUGCAAGGAGAAACGAUACGUCGCGCGCGAUACAGGGACUGGCUUCGACACUUUACUCACCCGGGAUAUCACGAAGUCGUCUGCCAUGCAACGUGCUGGUCGCGCUGGCCGAGAGGGACCAGGAUACUGCUUCCGCUUAUACCCAGAAGAGGCGUUCGACGCUAUGGCAGAGUCUGCGGAACCUGAGAUCCGUCGUUGCGCCCUCACGUCCAGUAUGCUGCAGCUCCGGUGUCUCGGCCAAGAUAUCGAGGAGCUAGAUUUCAUGGACAAACCUGACCGGGAAGCCAUCGGUGCGGCGUUGAAGACGCUCUAUCUCCUCGGUGCAUUAGACAGCAAGCGAUGUCUCACGAAGCUCGGCAGAGACAUGGCAGCGUUCCCCCUGGAGCCAAACCUCGCGCGGGCCGUCGUCGCCUCCCGCGAGUUCGGGUGCACGCUCGAGGUCAUCGGCAUCGUGUCCGUGCUCUCCGCGUCGUCUAAGCUCUUCUUCGACUCGACCGACGAGCGCGAGGCCGCCGCGGAGGCGCGACGCAAGUUCCGGCACCGCAGUGGGGACCACAUGACCAUCCUCAACGUCGUGCGGGCCUACCAGGAGAUCGCCGCGGCAGAGAAGAAGAGCGGACGGAAGGAGUGGUGCAGGAAGCAGUUCCUGAACGAUAGGUGCUUGGCGGAGGCGCAGGACAUUCGCGACCAGCUCCGGGAGGUCUGUACGAGGAUGCAGAUCGACUGGAAGACGUCAUGCGGGGAGGACGAGCAGCCAGUCCUCAAGUGUCUGGUCCGUGGGUUGGUGCAACAUGCCGCCUUUUUGCAGCCGGAUGGGUCGUACAAACAGUUGAUGGGGCCUUCCAUCGUCAAAAUUCACCCUUCGUCUUCGCUGUGUGACAAGAAGGUACCUGUCAUCAUAUACGACGAACUGGUAUACACGACCCAUAUCUACGCCCGUGGCGUGUCAACGGUACCACGCAGUUACAUCGCCGAAGUUCCUGUCCUAAACGUCAAAGGCACUUGA